UCAUGUGAGCCGGGAUAUAUGGCGGCUAUGGUCUAUCACUUACACUGAAAAGCACUGUUAUUUACGACUGUCAUCACUCGAGAAGGAAUAAUUGUCUGGUUUAUAUUGUGUACGGCGUAGUCGCGUUUUUGUCGGACAAUCUCCUCUGCUCGUUAAGCUCAAAUCGUUGUUCAGGCUUUUAUUUUGCUUCGUCGGUAACGUUAACUGUUCUCAUCCUCCGUUUCAGUCUAAGUUAGCGUCGCAGACAGCAGGUCCUGUUAUUUUAUAAGUGAUGCUUGAGAGGAAACACGUUUUAGGGCGUCGUCUUGUUUAUAUUAUAAUAAGCGCGUGAUGAGGAAAAUCUCGAUUUCAUUUAUUCAUUCAGUUAUACGUUAACCGAGCUGUCAUCCUCUGCAUUCACUGAGAUAUUCGUUUUAACAGCACGCACUUCUGUUCUAUGCGUCAUUUAAGGGUGUUUUCUGUAAUAUUUAGUCAAAAUGAAUACAGAAAAGGAUUUUUCUCCACUGACGCCUAAUAUUGUGAGGGCUCUCAACGACAAGCUGUACGAGAAGAGAAAGGUUGCAGCUCUUGAGAUUGAAAAGCUUGUGCGUGAAUUCGUAGCUCAAAAUAACUCUGCUCAGAUAAGACAUGUCAUCCAGAUACUGGCCACAGAGUUUGCUCUGUCCCAGCACCCUCACAGCAGAAAAGGAGGCCUCAUUGGGCUGGCGGCCUGCUCCAUCGCCUUGGGAAAAGAUUCGGGAUUGUACCUGAAGGAACUCAUUGAUCCGGUUCUUACCUGUUUCAAUGACUCUGACAGCCGUCUGCGCUACUACGCCUGUGAGGCCCUGUAUAAUAUAGUGAAAGUCGCCCGAGGAGCAGUGCUGCCCCACUUCAAUGUGCUGUUUGAUGGGCUUAGCAAGCUUGCUGCAGAUCCUGAUCCCAAUGUAAAGAGUGGCUCUGAGCUCCUGGAUCGCCUGCUUAAGGACAUCGUAACGGAGAGCAACAAGUUUGACCUGGUGGCUUUUGUCCCCCUGUUGCGUGAGAGGAUUUACUCCAAUAACCAAUAUGCUCGUCAAUUCAUUAUCUCCUGGAUUCAUGUGUUGGAGUCUGUUCCUGAUAUCAACCUCCUGGAUUACCUGCCGGAAAUACUAGAUGGACUCUUCCAGAUUCUUGGAGACAGCAGUAAAGAGAUCAGGCGGAUGUGUGAGCUAGUUUUGGGGGAAUUCCUGAAAGAGAUUAAGAAGAAUCCUUCUAGUGUCAAAUUCGCCGAAAUGGCCAACAUCUUGGUCAUCCACUGUCAAGUGUCUGAUGAAUCAAAGUCCACUAACGAUCUGAUCCAGCUGACAUCUAUGACAUGGAUGAGAGAGUUUAUUCAGCUUGCUGGGAGAGUUGUGCUGCCUUAUUCCUCGGGCAUAUUGACAGCAGUGCUGCCUUGUCUGUCCUACGAUGACCGCAAAAAGAGUACUAAAGAAGCAGCCAGUGCGUGUAAUCACAGCCUGAUGAAGCUCGUGACUCUAGAGGAUGAUGAAGAUGACGAAGAAUUACAGACCAAAUCUUCCCCUCCAAGCGACGAGGCUCCAUCUAAAAAAGAGGGAGAUCUGAAUGAUUCCCUAAAUGAGUCUCAGGAGUCGGUAGGCUUCAGUAACAUCUCUUUCUUCACUCCAGCAAGUUCUGACAGGUCUGCAGUUACUCUGGAUCUGGAUGGCAUUGUGCAAGUGCUGGACAGACAUUUACAUGAUUCGUCCACCGGAAUGAUGACUCGCAUCGCUGUGUUGAAGUGGCUCUACCAUUUAUACAUCAAGACUCCUCGCAAGAUGUUCAAGCACACAGAUAGUUUGUUUCCCAUGCUAUUGAAGACACUAUCAGAUGAGUCGGAUGAAGUGAUUUUAAAAGACUUGGAGGUUUUAGCAGAGAUCGCAUCAUCACCUGCUGGUCAGACGGACACUUCUGGGUCGUGCGAUAUAUCGGAUAGUAAAACCGAGCUGCAUAUUCCAGGUGGGGUCAGAGAUGGGCAGCCAGUGGUGGUCGGUUCUAAGAUGACAGAUUUAUCGCCCUCGACUCCCAGCAUGAAUUCAUACUUCUACAAGUUCAUGAUUAACUUGCUCAAGCGCUUCAGUUUGGAGAGAAAACUUCUAGAAAUGAGAGGGGCCUUCAUCAUCAGGCAGCUCUGUCUUCUCCUGCACGCGGAGAAUAUAUUUCACUCUAUGGCAGAUAUUUUACUGAAGGAGGAGGAUCUGAAGUUUGCCUCCACAAUGGUGCAGACACUGAACACUAUUCUGCUUACUUCAGCCGAACUCUUCCAGCUGCGAAAUCAGCUCAAGGACUUGCGCACGCAGGAGAGCUGUGCUCUCUUCUGUUGUCUCUAUCGCUCUUGGUGUCACAAUCCAGUGGCCACAGUGUCCCUCUGCUUCCUCACCCAGAACUACCGGCAUGCCUACGACCUCAUCCAGAAAUUUGGAGAUCUAGAGGUGACUGUGGACUUCCUCAUGGAGGUGGAUAAACUGGUCCAGCUGAUCGAGAGCCCCAUCUUCACCUACCUUCGCCUGCAGCUGCUGGAUGUUGAGCAUAACCCGUACCUCAUCAAGGCUCUGUACGGCCUGCUGAUGUUGCUUCCUCAGAGUCAGGCGUUUCAGCUGCUCUCGCAUCGCCUCAGCUGCGUGCCAAACCCUGAGCUCAUGCGGACGGUGGAAGACCAAAAGGUGGACCUUAAAGACAAACAUCUAGCCCAGCCGCACAUUGACUACAGCGAACUCCUCCAGCAUUUUGACCGAGUCCAGAGCAAACACCUGGAAGUGAGGCAUCAGAGGACGGGCCGAUCUGAGCAUCCGGACAGGAAGCUGAUGUAAACGGUUACAAGAGAAUCCGAAAUGAUGCUACACAACAGACUGGAGAUCUCGUCUCAACCUAUAGCAGACGCUUUGUUCAAAUUUUAAUGUAUUCCAACUACUACAGACAUGAGGGACUUCAGUGUGCUUUAUUUUUCUGCUACGUGAAGUGCUUUAUGUUCAGGCGCUUUGAGUCGAUACACACUUGUGGACUCUGUUACGAAUUAAGCGUCAGCCUAAACUAUUUGUACAGAACCGUGCACCAAUUCCUGGAUGUUUAUUAUUAGGAGCUUUUAAUCUAUAAAAAGAUCUUCUCAUGACGUACUGUAAAUGAGUUUUUUUUUUUUUUUUUUUUUGUAUUACGAUUUUAUCUUUCACAUAAAUUGCAUUUAGGAUAUUUGGUUUAUCCUCGGCAUUGCUAUGCAGUAGGAGUCUAAUUGUUGUUCAUUACAUCAUGUUUUACAUAUGGCCUUAUGUAAAUGUAAGCCAUUUCUCUGUAAAAUGAAAAAAAGUCAAAUAAAGUGGACCAUGAUCAAUA